ACGUCCGUCACGUGAAGCAAUCCGGAAGUUAACCAUUUUCAGCCCAUAAACAAAACAUUCGUGGGUGGUGUGGAGUUAUUCAAUCUGGGCUGACGUUACUCGGGUCUGCUGGAGUGGUUUCGCAGAGUAUACCACAUAACUCGGCAGUUUUUCCCGGGUUUUGGCACGAUGCUGAGCGCCGCCGCUGCAGAGAGGAACAAGGAGCCCAUCCUGGCGGUGCUUCGGGAGAGCGUGAACACGGGGAGACCCCUGCAGGCUCUGGAGAUCUCCUCCGGUACCGGACAACAUGUCAUGCACUUCGCUCAGGCCCUGCGGAAUGUAAUCUGGCAGCCGUCAGAAUAUGACCGCCAGUCUCUAGCCAGUAUAGAAGCAUAUAGAGCUCGCUACCAGCUGCACAAUGUGAAACCUGCCAUCCACCUAGAUGCUUCUCUCCCCCAUCAGUACUGGGGAGGGAUCCAGCCAGAGAGCCUGGAUCUGGUAGUCAACAUCAACAUGAUCCAUAUUUCUCCAAUUGCGUGUACCGAGGGUUUAUUCAGAGGGGCUGGAGCAGUGCUGAGGCCACAAGGUCUUCUAUUGACAUAUGGGCCCUAUGCAGUGAAUGGUCAGAUCGCCCCUCAAAGUAACGUUGACUUUGACUACAGUCUGCGGCAGAGGAACCCAGAGUGGGGGCUCAGGGACAUCUCCAUGCUCAGUUCUAUAGCACAAAGAAAUGGUUUAUUCCUGGAGAAGAUAAUAGACAUGCCAGCAAACAACAAGUGUCUUCUGUUCAGGAAGGAGAGUUUGGUGUGAGGUAUCCUGUUGGUCUGGAGCCCGGUGGUCAGAACGCCUUAACUUAGAGUUGAAGCUCAGAUACAUUGCCAAAUUUUCCAGAACUGUUAAUGAAUUAUUUCCCAUAUUCUAAUACACACUGACAUUAGAUGAAAUGGCCAAAAAUAAUGUAAUGCUAUACUGUACUCUAAUGUAUUGCACAGUUGAGUAAAAUUACUAAACUCACA